AUGCGAUGCAUGAUCCAGCCUUCCAUAUUCGUUUCAGAUCGGCUCCCGAACGUACACAGAUUGUCAACAUUUUGUAAUUUUUACAAUUUUUGGUAACAUUUUGCCGCCUAGAAAGUGUAAAGCUUAAAAAUAUACUUUUACAAACCCUUGCUAAUCGCUAUAGUUUCAGUGUAUCAACAGACUCGCAGUGUAGAAGAGCACACAACGAUUGUUUAACGAUUCCCUUCACCGGUGUGAAAAGUAUCGAUCGCCUUUGACCAAAAUGAGUGCAAACGAUGACCAACAAGAACAACAGCGUGCCGAUUCUCCCACGGUCGACGAAGAACGCCCACCGGGUGCGGGAGAGGUGGCCGAGCAUGAGAUCGUUAAAAUGGAGGACGUAAUUACGAUCAAUCCCGAUACGACCGAGGUCGAUCUGAAUCAUGGACGUAUUGGAAAGAUUGAAAACCUCGAACCGCUAACGAAACUUGAACGGCUGUACCUACGAUGGAAUUUGAUAAAAAAGAUUGAAAACCUGGACCAUCUUACUUCGCUGAUCGAGCUCGAGCUGUAUGAUAAUCAGAUAACGGAACUGGAAAAUUUGGACCAACUUGUUAAUUUGGAAAUGCUCGAUGUAAGUUUUAAUCGGUUGCAUCAGAUCAAGAAUCUGUCCACCCUGAUCAAUCUGCGAAAGCUGUUCCUGUGCUCUAAUCGCAUAUCAUUGAUCGAAAAUCUGGACCAUUUCACCAGUCUGACCAUGCUGGAGUUGGGAGAUAAUAAGAUCCGGAAAAUUGAAAACCUUGACAAUCUGACCAACAUGACCCAUCUCUACCUGGGCAAGAACAAGAUAACGAAAAUCGAAAACCUCGACAAGUUGGUCAAGCUGGAAUGUUUAAGCCUGCAGUGCAACCGGUUAACGAAGAUCGAAAAACUCGACCAGCUGGUGAAUCUGACGGAGCUGUACAUAUCCGAGAAUGGGAUUGAGACGAUUGAAAAUUUGGACCAAAACAAACGGCUUGAAACGCUCGAUCUCGCAAAAAAUCGGGUGAAGCGUAUCGACAACAUCGAACAUCUACAGGAGCUCGAAGAACUUUGGAUGAACGAUAAUGGCGUAUCGGAGUGGAGCUGCGUUGAUAAGCUGGCCAACAACAAGCGUCUUGCGACGGUCUAUUUGGAGCGCAAUCCGGUGGCAAACGAUGUAAACUAUCGACGAAAGCUAAAGCUUGCCGUGCCUUGGUUGCAAAAGAUUGAUGCGACGCUCUGUCGUUAGUAAUAAUGUGUUAACUGCUGUGACUUAAUGUGUGGCGAGAGGAAUGGAAUUAAAUAAAGUUAGGUCCCAAUCAUUGAAUGAGGAGCACUCUCUAAACAA